GUGGCGUGUGGCGGGGUGCAUAACCUCGCCAUAACGGAGCCCGACCAGUCGUUGGCGAACAGUUUGGCGUUGCUGGUGACGGACGAGAUGCUUGCCGAUGUUUGUUUCGUUAGCAGCGAGGGCAGCAUCGUGUACGCCCACCUGUGCAUAUUCAGGACGGAUCAACGCUCCGAGCUUGUACAGUUACGUGCAGGCGAAGGUCGAGGAAAAGGCGGUGACGCCUGUCGCCAGCGAAUCCGGGCGGGAGAUCCCUUCGGUGAGCUUCUCCAACGGCGUGCGGUCGGAGGUUCUCUCCGACUUCAUGCACUUUGUUUACACCCUCGACGCCAAUGCUGCGGCGACGUCGUUGUCGAGCUUCGCGGCGGUGCUCGAGUUGUACCACCUCGGCGCCAAGUUUCACCUCGAGACCCUGCUGCCCAAGUGCAGGCGGAUCAUCCGCCAGCAGCUCGGGAAGCAGAACAUACACAGGCCUUGGCUGCCCAACCUGCUGCCCCCGUGCACGGCGCCGCCGCCGGGGCGGGAGAAGACGGCCUGCCGGCCCCGGCGGAGGACCCGGAGACCCCGGCGGGCGACGGCUGGGGCAUCUUCUUCCUGCCGGGAGGCCAAGCACUCGUCCUCAACGGCGACGCGUACAGGGAGACCCUGAGGAAGGGCACGCUCCUGGACCUGUGCGACGCGGACGCGCCCUCCGCGGGCGAAGGCGCCACCGUGUUGGAGGAGCGCAUGCGCACUUUGCUCGCGGACGAGGUGAGCCACGACGUCCGCCUCGUCGUCCGCGGCGAGGGUGCGGCGGAGCCUCAAAGGCCGGUUGAGAUGGGCGCGCACAAGUGCGUCCUGGUCCCAGUGGUGCGCAGCCCUGCGUUGCAGUCUCAGCGUGAAGUUGCCCUGGCGCGUCAGCUUGCCGACCUUCAACGCCAGUUGCAGCAGUUGCAGCAGCCCUCAGCCGACACUGGCGCCACAUCUGCUCCAGUUCCGCCCUGGGCCACUGACGCCAGUCCUCAGGCUGCACGGCGAGCACGGCUGGCUGAAAUUGGCAACAUUCUCAAGUCGCUGGGGACCGCCGAUGCCGAGUACCGUGCCAAGCUGCUGGCGGAGCGCACGUCCCUGCAGGAGCAACUGCAGUCCGAGAAGCCACUCGAGAGCAACGUCAGUGCCCAGAAUCGGAAGGUCACCGAAGCUCGUAAGAAGAAGGCUAACUGUGCUGCCAAGGUCCAGGCAGCAAGGGAUGCAGUCGAGAAGGCCAAGGAGGCCCUGGCCAAGGCCGAGGCCGCCGAGACCGAGGCCGAAGAAGAUGUUGAGGAGAUGGCUGUCGAUCAAGAAGGAGAAGCUCACAAGCACAUCGACGAGAUGGACGCGCCCACUUGUCGGGAGCACCUUCGCAGCUGCGGGCUGGAGGUACCCGCGCCUGGCGACGUGGAUGAUGAUGAUGAAGCUCCUGUGCUGCGUGAUCGCCUCAAGAGGCACUUGGCCAACGCCCAGGGCCUCGCCAAGAAGCUCAAGGCCACCGCGAAGCGUUCCAUCUGCUUCGUCUUCUUUGUCGAGUUCGACGGGCUGCGGGCCCCCUGCGAAAGACCGCCGUGCGAGUUCUCUGGGCUUGGGAUCGGCUGGAGGGGAGCCCGCGAGUACCUCUUCGACCUCGGCCACGCGCGGACCUACGAGUACCGCGUCCUCGCCCAAACCUCUUGCCGCAUCAAGUUCGAAAUCUAG